CAGAUGUCUGUUCUUCCUAUCGUGACACCACCACCACCUGCAGGAUCUUUGUAGCUGAUCGGGGAGAAUCGUAUCCCUGUGGCCAUGUUGCCAGUAAUCGCGGUCCAUGGAGGGGCUGGGCACAUUCCUAAGGAGCGAGCCGAGGUGUCCUGUGCAGGUGUGAGGGAGGCGGCCAGGGGUGGUUAUAGCGUCCUCAGGGCCGGUGGCAGUGCCAUGGACGCUGUGGUGGAGGCAGUGACCAUGUUGGAGAACAACCCUUCUUACAACGCAGGCCGGGGGUCCGUGCUGAACGUGAAGGGCGAGGUGGAGAUGGACGCCAUCGUCAUGGACGGACGCACGCUGGCCAGCGGAGCGGUGUCGGCCGUCAGGAGGGUGGCUAACCCCGUGCAGCUCGCCAGGAUGGUCAUGGACAAGACCAACCACCUGUGUCUGACAGCUGAAGGGGCAUCGCAGUUUGCCAGGGCUAUGGGCAUCCCCGAGGUGCCAGAGGAGUCUCUCAUCACAGACUAUGCCAGGAUGCGCUGGAAGAAGAAUCUGGCACCAGAUGCCAACCCAGUGGAGUGUCAAAUGGGUAAGAUGGGUACAGUGGGUGCGGUGGCUGUGGACGCUGAGGGCAACAUCGCCUGUGCCACCUCCACAGGGGGCAUGAUCAAUAAGAUGGAGGGGCGUGUUGGAGACACACCCUGCAUAGGAUGUGGGGGCUACGCCGAUAACAAGGUGGGAGCGGUCUCUCCAACAGGCCAUGGGGAGGCCAUCAUGAAAGUCGUUCUCUCCAGGCUCAUACUCUUCCAUAUGGAGCAAGGGAAGUCCGCGGAGGAGGCGUCAGACCUGGGCCUGGCCUACAUGAAGGAGCGGGUGGAGGGUUUGGGCGGGGUGGUGACCGUUGACCCCAAGGGCAACUGGGCCGCCCGCUUCAGCAGCCUACAGAUGGCCUGGGCCGCCGCGCAGAACGAGCAGCUCCACUACGGCCUCUACGUCGGAGAACACUUCACAGAGUCGGCGCGCGAGGCACCUUGAAGCACUUACAGUAUUCUGUGAUUUCCGUUGUCGUUGUGUUGGUUUCGGAAAAUAUGCACUGGCACUGUCUAAAGUGAAAUGAAAUGGGUGAUCUUCCUAGACCUUAAUGAGUUAAGAAAAAAUCUAAUACAGUAUUUUAAAAAAAAUGGCAGAAUCAAGGUGGAAGAAAUUGAGUCGCAGACAGUCGGAAUUUUUGAAAUAGGAACACCUCUAGGGCCUUUGUGAACAUAGUCGAGUAGCUACGCUUGAGGCACAGGCGGUGAACUCCUUGUAUUAUUUUAAGUGUAUCUUAUACAUCUCGUUCCAGCCAUAUGGUAUGCCACUUGGUGACAUUUCAUAAAGUGUUUUAUGAUAUCUUGUACUGUAUGACUUGUAUGACUGCAUUGUAUGUACUGUACAACAUCCACUGCCAUGCUGAAACUAGACAAACAGCUUGUAGUUGUUUGUUUAACACACUCAUAAAACCUAGCCGUCGUCACAGUUUAAUCUGAGCAGUUUUAUCUUUUUUUACGGUAAUGGAUAUUAAGUGGUAUGAUUUGGAACAUUAUUUCAUGGAAACUCAUUUGUUGUGUCCAUUUACUGACUCUGUGAACUUACCUCACAAAUAAAUGUCAACUGUGAAUAUAUACAG